AUGGCUCUAGCUCUCGGCUCUGGUAUCCUCUUCACCUAUCCUCAGAUCGCUACGCUCUGCGGUGUUCAGGGCUUGGUCAUCUAUACCCUCUCUUCAUCGCUACCGCUCCUGCUCUUCGGACUCCUUGGGCCGAUUAUACGACGGAAAUGCCCUGAGGGGUUCGUCUUGACUGAGUGGACGAGGCAGCGAUAUGGCGCUGUGACGGCCUUGCUCCUGAGUCUGGCGACCCUCGUCACACUGUUCUUGUACAUGGUCGCCGAACUGUCAGCCCUGCAGCAGAUUGUGAGUGCCUUGACAGGACUAGAUGGGCUCCCGGCGGUCAUUGUCCAGUGCGUCGUGACGACCAUCUACACAUCACUUGGUGGAUUCAAAGUCUCCUUUAUCACAGACAACAUUCAAGGAGCAAUGGUUGUCGGCCUGAUCAUCAUCGGGGUCAUCACAGUUGGCGUAAACACUGAGAUCGACAAGAGCCUGGUCGACUCAUCGGGGCUCUUGGAAUCUAGUCUUCUGGGCUGGCAGCUGCUGUACAUCCUACCGGUAGCCAUCUUCACGAAUGUCUUCUUCAUCUCGGGCUUCUGGCUCCGCACCUUCGCCUCCCGCACCGACAAAGACCUCCGUAUCGGCACGGGCAUCGCGACCGUCGCCGUGGCCAUCAUCCUCGCCUUCGUCGGCUCUACCGGUCUGCUGGCCGCCUGGUCCGGCGCCUGGCCCGGCGACCCACCCCAGGACGGCGCGAUAUCGUUCUUCCUGCUGCUCGGGCAGCUCCCGGCCUGGGUCGUGGGCAUCGUGCUCGUCAUGGUGGUUAGUCUGUCCACGGCGGCUUUCGACAGCUUUCAGAGCGCCAUGGUCUCAAACGGCAGCAACGACAUCUUCCGCAACCGCCUCAACAUCUGGUUCAUCCGGCUCUCGGUCGUGCUCAUCAUCGUCCCCGUCGUGGUUGUCGCGCUCAAGAGCCCGGAUAUCUUGACUAUUUACCUCAUCAGCGACCUUGUCAGCGCGUCGUUGGUGCCUGUGCUCGUCAUCGGGCUGUCGGACCGCUGCUACUGGUGGCGCGGGUUUGAGGUUGUUGUCGGGGCGCUCGGGGGGAUCUUCACCGUGUUUCUGUUUGGCACGGUGUAUUAUGGGGAUGCGGGACGGGGAGCGAAGUUGAUUCUGCUGGAGGGGGGGUUGUAUGCGGAGGAUUGGGGCGCUUUUGGUGCCUUCGUCGCCGCCCCCGUCGGCGCCCUCCUGUGGGCCCUAGCCGCUUUCAUCCUGCGCAUCGCCUUCCUCUUCAUCAAGGCGAAAGUCCAGGGGCGUCGAUUCGAUGCCUUUGACCGGCCCAUUCCUGCGGACCCGGGUCGCUUUGCCGGUACUGAUGCACUGAGUACGGGAACUGGCGACGAGGAGAGGGACAGCGUCGUCAGGGGCUCGAGGCGUGCGGAGCCGGGGAAGUUCUUUUGA